CCAUGGAAUGGCUGGUUUUGGAGGACAAAAUAACAGAAAAACUUGACCAAGAAAUUCUAAAAGGGCGAGAAAAGGUUGAAAAAUGGAGAGAACAACAGAAGAAACUUCAAGAAAAAGACUGCUGAAGGGAUACUUGCCCCUCCGUUACAUGAAGAAGCUAAACCUUCAUCUUCUUGGACUUUGGAAGGAGAAGAUGAUGAU